CUCUGUUCUAUAAUUCUUGAAGAAGAGACAUAGAAAUGGAGAACAGCCUCAAUAUCCGACCAGGCAUUCAACAUUGUUGCACGAUCUUCCCCUCACACCACACGUGUCUUCUUUUCUCUAACUUGAAGCCAUUCCCCAAAGCCACUCUUUCCUCUCUUCGUGUUCUGCGAACUGCUUCACCUCCCAGGCUAUGUGCCGGCACUGCAUCUCAUGCCCACAGCAGUGAAACAAAUGAACUAGCUCAGGUAGAGUGGGACAACCUCGGAUUUGGUCUCCAACCCACUGAUUAUAUGUAUAUCAUGAAGUGUCCACAAGGUGGAAGCUUCUCUAAUGGUGAACUAAUGCGUUUUGGGAACAUUGAAUUGAGCCCCUGUGCUGGAGUUUUGAAUUACGGGCAGGGACUAUUGGAAGGUUUGAAAGCUUACCGUAAUAAAGAUGGGAACAUACUUCUCUUUCGCCCAGAAGAAAAUGCUAUGAGGAUGAUGAUGGGGGCAGAACGAAUGUGCAUGCCAUCACCAACUGUGGAGCAGUUUGUGGAAGCAAUAAAAACCACUGUUUUAGCUAACAAACGUUGGGUUCCCCCUCACGGUCAAGGCUCCUUGUAUAUCAGACCAUUGCUAAUAGCAAGCGGAGCUAUUCUCACUGUUGCACCUGCUCCAGAGUACACCUUUCUAAUAUAUGUUUCACCUGUUGGAAACUAUUUCAAGGAAGGUUUGGCAGCAAUCAAUUUGGUUGUUGAGAAUGAAUUACAUCGUGCGACUCCUGGGGGCACGGGAGGUGUAAAAACCAUAGGAAACUAUGCUGCAGUUUUAAAAGCUCAAUCUGCAGCAAAGGCCCAUGGCUAUUCUGAUGUUUUAUACUUGGAUUGUGUGUACAACAAAUAUUUGGAAGAGUGUUCGUCUUGUAACAUUUUUGUUGUUAAGGAUAAUGUUAUUUUAAGUCCUAUUGUUAGCAAGACUGUCCUACCUGGAAUUACUCGAAAAAGUAUAAUUAGCAUUGCACGAAUGCAUGGAUUUCAGGUUGAGGAACAAUUAAUUUCAGUGGAUGAAUUGUUAGAAGCUGAUGAGGUCUUUUGCACAGGGACAGCUGUAGUUAUAUCACCUGUAUGCAGUGUCACUUAUUUUGGCAGGAGGGUAUCAUAUAAGGACGGUGGUAUUCGAGCAAUGUCACAACAACUUUAUACUAUUCUUAUAAAAUUACAAAUGGGUUUAAUAAAAGAUGAGAUGAAGUGGAUUAUUGAGCUUAAAUAA